GCUGCUUUUAUGAGCCGGAGACCAUCGCGCUGUGCAGUCAGAGUGGGAGCGGGCUCAGCGCUUGUUGGUUCCAGUUACUAGUGAAAUCUUGGGAACAAAUCCAGAUCGUACGGGGAAGAGGAAGAACUUCGCUGUAUCAUUAUGAAGCUCUCAAUUCUUGUUGCUGUCGUUUUAUCUGUAUUGGGAGUUAUCACAUCUGUUCCAGUUGGGAAGGAAAGAAGAAGAGAGGACUUGGUGACCCGGUGUAUCGUCGAAGUCCUUUCCAGUGCACUUUCCAAACCAAACGCUCCUCUUGUUGAUCCUGCAUGCAAAGAUAUUCUAAAGACAAGUGCAAAACAUCAGAUGACGGAAAAGAAGAGUAAUGAAAAGCUUGUGAAUUUUGGGGAUUUGGGCAACCAUAAACAAGAACCUGAAGAGGAGUUAAAAAGAUAUCUGGAGGAGCCUAACCUAAAGGAGAAUGAGUUGGAGGAGAAAAGUAACUUUCAAGAUGACGAGGAUAAAAGGCAUGUCAAGGAGAGUGAGGAGAAACGACCUCAAACAGCAGACAAAAGAAGUGAAGAGACCAGCAGCCAAGAAGAAAACGGGCACUAUGAUGUGGAAGACAAAAGGCAUUAUUCAGACAGUGAAGAAGAUGAAAUCAGAAAACGUAACCACCAUACAGAAGUUGAAGAAAAGAGACAUAUAAGUGAGGAGGAUCCUCUGGAUCUGACCGAGGAGUUGGAGAAAAGAUCAUAUCAUGGGCAUAGUAAGAGAAGUGGGGCGAAAUCUAUUGAAGAGCAGGCUCAUGGGGAGCACUAUAAAGAGAAGAGAUCAGAAGAAGAGGAGAGCGAUGGAAGAGAAAAACGCAGAUACAAAAGUCACAGACACUAUUAUAGAAAACACAAAAGGAACUAUUCCUCUGAAGAAAAGAGAAGCAACGCGUCAAACGAGUCUAACGAGUCUAAAGAGGAAGACGACAAACGACACCACGACGAGAUUAGAAACUUUCCAGAGGGAAGCUAUGAAGAGUGGUCAGAUAAGAGACAUCAUUCCGAUGAAAAGAGACACCACACUGCUGAGAAAAGGCACCAACCCGAAGAAAGUGAUGAAGAUGAUGAAGAGAAACAUCACCACAAGGAAAAUGUAAGUUAUUCUGAAGAAAGUGAAGAGAAAAGACACCAUUCCAAGGAAAGUGAGGAAGAAGAAAAACGCCACCACGGUGAAGACAAGAGACGCCAUUCUGAAGAAAACAAAGAGGAAGAGGCAAAAAGACACCAUGAAGAAAAGAGACAGGUCUCUGAAGUAAGAGAAGAGGAUAAAGGACACCACAGCUUCAUAAAAAGAUAUAAUUCUGAGGAAAGGGAAGAGGUGGAGGAAAAGAGACAUCACAAAGAAACGAGUCACAGUUCACAGGAAAAUGAGGAGGAUGAAGGGCACCACAGCUUUGAGAAAAGGCACCCUUCCAAGGAAAGUGAAGAGGAGGAAAAACGACACCACGAAGAAAAGAGACACAAUUCAGAGGAAAGUGAGGAGGAUGAAGGGCACCCUUCCAAGGAAAGUGAAGAGGAGGAGGAAAAACGACACCACGAAGAAAAGAGACACAAUUCAGAGGAAAGUAAGGAGGAUGAAGGGCACCAUAGCUUUCAGAAAAGGCACCCUUCCAAAGAAAGUGAAGAGGAGGAAAAACAACACCACAAAGAAAAAAGACGCCACGAUGAAAAGAGGCACAAUUCAGAAGAAAGUGAGGAGGAUGAAGGGCACCCUUCCAAGGAAAGUGAAGAGAAGGAGGAAAAACAACACCAUGAAGAAAAGAGACACAAUUCAGAGGAAAGUGAGGAGGAAGAGAAAAGGCACCAUGAAGAAAAACAACACCAGUCAGUUGAAAGCCGUCACCAUGAACUUAAGAGAAGGCACUCUGAGGAAAGUGAAGAGGAGGAAGAGAAGCACCAGCACUCUGAAGAAAGUGAAGAAGAGACACAGAAACAUCACAGUCAAGAGAAGAGACAUCAUUCUGAAGAAAGUGAGGUAGGGGAGGAAAGCACAGAAGGAUACUGGACACAUGAAGAUAAAAAGCAAUACCUUGGAGAAGAUAGUGUUGAGUUUAAAAAGAGACAACUCCCUUAUGAGAAGACACAUUACAGUGAGGUAGAAGAAAAUAAACACCAUGGUGAAGAUAAGAAAUUUCAAAGUCAGGAAGGGGAGGAAGUGCUAAGACACAUUCAGGAAAAGAAAGAUGAGGACAAAAGGUCAGCUGGUAAUUCCAGUCCCUACCACAAGGAGGCAUGGUGGGAAAAUGAAGAGAACAGAAGCCAGGAAGAAAAACGCCAUUACCCAGAGGUUGUAGAAGACGACUGGUGGGACAAAAGGAGUGACAGUAUGGAAUAUGGACACCACGGAUAUGAUGAGCGAUGGAACAACCUUCUAACCCAUCCCUUUCAAGAGAAAAGGCCAUACUCUGGAAACAGAAUGGAUGAACUGGCACAGCUUUUGAAUUACAAGGCAGUGGACUUCCCUGUUCUUUCUGAGGAGAAGAGAAGUCAUCAUGAGUUUCAGGAAGAAAAGAAAAACCCUCAUCAGAGGCCAUUCACGCAAAAGGAGAAGCAAGAGCUUCAGAACCUGGCAGCCAUGGACCUACAGCUGCAGAAAAUAGCAGAGAAACUUCACAAAAACCGGAGAGGGUGAAGCGAGAUGAAUGCUACUGUGCACUCCAAAGCUAUUAGGAACAGAAAAUGAAUGAGUGUAGAAAAUAAACUAGUAAACCUGAGUUAUUGUUAUGUACACAUAACAAACCAGAAAAUAACUGCUUCAUGCACACUGGAUAUAUUUGUAUUGUGCAGUUUUAAUGUUAUUAAAAGCUAACUGGCAUGAGAAUUAUUUAGAAAAUAGACACGUUUUUACUAACUACCAAUAACUAUCGUGAAGUGAUUGUUUCUGUUCUUGAGACAACUGUGAGUUUGCAAACAAUAAAAUCCAACAUUCUGGAACCAAA